AUGACAAUUUCAUAUGAGGAGGAAUUGUCAUCACUGAUGUUGCGAUGGCGGGGGUCUCUAUGGAAAGCGGUAUUAAAGGAUUUGAUCGCUUUCUAUUUUGCAUAUUAUAUUAUUCUAUUUUUCCAGUGGUAUUAUCUAGAUGAAAAACAAAAAGAAUACUUCACAGGAUGGAUUAUUUGGUGCGAAAUUGGCUCUCAAUAUAUUCCCUUAUCAUUCUUGCUUGGCUUCUUUGUUGCUGUUGUAGUAGCACGAUGGUGGGAACAAUUCAAUUAUAUCAGUUGGCCUGAUAAGUUAAUGAUGAUGGUAGUAACGUGUUUACCCGGAGAUCACAAUUUACCCGUUCGACAAGCUAUUGCGAGAUGGUCCAGCUUACAGGCAGCUAUUGCUUGGUCCGGAAUAUCAGUUCGUACCUUAAAGCGAUUCCCAACGGAACGACAUUUAGUAGAGGCACAUUUGAUGACUGAAGAAGAGUAUAAAAUGUUUACAGGUGUAGAGGAAAGACAUGGCAAAUGGUUUGUACCGGUAAUGUGGAUAUCAAAUUUAUUGGGAGCAUUGUAUCGACAACAACGAAUUGAUUCCGUGCAGCUUAAUAUGCUAAUGCAACAACUUUACUCAUUCAGGGAUGGUUUCGCUAUGCUGUUUGUUUACGAUUGGGUGAAAAUUCCUCUUGUUUAUACACAGGUUGUGGCGAUAGCAACCUACGGAUACUUUAUGAUCUGUUUGAUUGGACGGCAACCAAAAAUUGACGAACAUUCAAUGAGAAAAGAAGUAUCCAUAUUGUUUCCAGUUUUUACAACUUUUCAAAUAUUGUUCUAUAUUGGAUGGCUUAAAGUUGGCCAGUACCUAAUGAAUCCAUUCGGUGAAGAUGACGAUGAUUUUGAGCUGAACUAUGUGCUAGAUCGAAACACAUUCAUCGCACAUAUGAUGGCAACAGAUUUAGCUAAUCAAUUACCUACAAUUAGCAGGAAUGGGAUGCGUGUUCUUCUCCCACAUACGAAAGCAUCAUUUAAAAUACAGGCGAGGCGAAUUGCAGAUAUGCCCGAGAAAGAACUACAUUCAUCUGAUUCUUAUAUCGCGUAG